GCGAUUACUGAAGCGCACUUCCGAUUUGUAUCCUGCUCCGUUUAGCUGUAGCAAACAAGGCUUCGAACUAUAGUUUCCAGCAGUACUUUAUACUUUUCUACUGCCCUUUGGCAAAAGUUUUAACAAUCCUGCAAGAUGGACAGUGAAAUGUCAGACUUUGAGCCUGCUCCUGGACCUGACUACAGUAGCAUGGAAGGGGAGAAUGCACCGCUUUACUGUAUUUGUCGAAAACCCGAUAUUAACUGCUUCAUGAUUGGUUGUGACAACUGCAAUGAGUGGUUCCACGGACACUGCAUCAGCAUCACUGAGAAGAUGGCUAAGGCAAUCCAGGAGUGGUAUUGCAUGAGGUGCAGAGACAGAAACCCAACUUUGGAAGUAAAAUAUCGGUCAAAGAAGAAUCGUGAUAAGGAUGCCGAGCUUGAAAGACAGUACAGUACCCCGAGCACUCCCGACUAUAAAAGUGAAAAGCGGCGUGGAUCUAAAUUUUACCAGGUGAAGCGUUCUGUGCGUAUGUGCGGAGAAUGUGAGCCCUGUAGAAGGACUGAAGACUGUGCUCAGUGCGACUUUUGCAAAGACAUGAAGAAGUUUGGAGGCCCUAACAAAAUAAGACAAAAGUGCAGGUUCCGGCAGUGCGAGGUUCGAGCAAGGAAAAUGUUGCGAGUGAAGGAUGAGGAGUUUUCUUUGCGUGAAAGAAGAGAGAAUUCUCGCCACAGACGGAGACAUUAUUCAGAUGACUAUGACAGUGAAGUAGAGCUGUACCAGCAGUACAAGGCUGCUGGGAUGGACGACAGCAUGGCAUGGGCUACAGAGGAUGACGAUGAGCCGAUUUUCAGUCCUGUUGUACGUAAGAAAGCUAUAAAGGUGAAGCACGUCAAAAGAAGAGAAAAGAAGUUUGAUAAAAAAAAAGAGUCCCGGCGUCACAAGCAGAAGCAAAAACACAAAGACAGAAACAGACACACUGACAGGGUGGAUCUUCGGGACAGUGGAGGACUGCGUCAGUGUUUGGGUCCAAACUGUGUGAAAGGAGCGAGACAAAACUCAAAAUACUGCUCUGAGGAAUGUGGUAUGAAGUUAGCAGCCAACCGGAUCUAUGAGAUCCUUCCUCAGCGCAUCCAGCAGUGGCAGCAGAGUCCCUGCAUCGCUGAAGAGCACGGAAAGAAGCAGCUGGAGCGCAUCCGCAAGGAGCAGCAGAAUGCCCGACUCCGCCUCACUGAGAUGGAGCGCCGCUUCCACGAGCUGGAGGGCAUCAUCGCCAAGGCUAAGCAACAGGCUGUUCAGCAGGAUGAGGAGGUGAAUGAAGGUGACGGCGAGGACACAGAUCUGCAGAUUUUCUGCGUCUCCUGCAGUCAUCCUGUUAACCCAAAAGUGGCUCUAAGACACAUGGAGAGAUGUUACGCAAAGUACGAGAGUCAGACGUCGUUUGGUUCUAUGUAUCCCACAAGAAUAGAGGGUGCAACCAGGCUCUUCUGUGAUGUGUACAACCCCCAGAGUAAGACCUACUGCAAAAGGCUUCAGGUUUUGUGCCCAGAACAUUCCAGAGAUCCCAAGAUACCAGUAGAUGAAGUGUGUGGAUGCCCGCUGGUGAAGAAUGUCUUUGAGCUGACAGGAGACUAUUGUAGAGUUUCCAAAAGGAAAUGCAACAAACACUACAAUUGGGAAAAACUGCGGAGAGCUGAGGUGGACCUGGAGCGAGUCAGGGUGUGGUACAAACUGGAUGAGCUUUUUGAACAGGAGAGAAACGUCAGGACUGCGAUGACCAACAGAGCUGGCCUUUUGGCUCUGAUGUUACACCAAACUAUUCAACACGACCCUGUGACCACUGAUCUCCGUAGCAACAAGGACAGAUAAUCAGCCUUCUACUUGAGUUCCAUUUAUUGCAGAUUUUGUUAAAUGUCAAAGCAAUGAUGCAAAUGUAUAGAUUGACUACUCAUACUUUGAUAUGUAAUUUUCUAAGGAUAUAUUAAUGUGUUUGAUAAUUUAUCUAUUUUUUCCUCUUGGCUAAUGCUCAUCAUAACACAGCUUUCUUUGUAAUAAAUAAGGAACCCCUUCAGUCUCAUGGAGACUUC